GAAACACAUGCCGCCGGACCUGUUGGACGCCUUCGACAACCGCCAGUGGCACGCGGCACAGGACAACUUGGCGUGCCUGCUGAGAGAGGAGUACCGCUACGUGUAUGACGAGGAGGGUUACCCGGUGGAGCCCGAACCCAUCGGCGACUACCGCACAGCGCUAGAUCUCUGCACGUCUAGGUAUAUCCACUACAUCCUGAUCAUCCGACAACUGGACGAAUGCUACCAGUACCUGGUGCACCCUCAGAAGCGCAAGCUGGUCAGAACCUGUAUAGAGGGUGCCGCCGUCCGCCUUCUGGAGUUCAAAGAACAGAUGGUGGAGCUUGACCUGCGCGAGUUCCAGUUCUACGACACGUUUCUGCAUGACCUGAGUCUCACACCCCCUGACAUUGUCAUAGAGGUACCCAAGUUUUUCUUGGCCGGCCGCGCUGCGUUGCUCCGGACACGAGAGAUGAUGCUCACGUCUAUACUGGUCAAACACUUCCCCGACCGUUUCCAGGACGCUCCUCUCACAGAGUCUAUGAGCGUGGGCGAGGCUAUACUCCUGAUACAGCGAAACCAGCGGGCCUUUGUCGACAGGACGAAGUCAAAGAAGAAAAAACUGCACGUUCUGAACAGAGCAAACAUGGCGUACUGGGCGAAACUCUACGACUCUGGCACCGCGUCCAUGAAUACGAUCUGCCAGAAGUACGCGGCAAAAUGGCGGGCAUAUUACGUCAGAAGGGGAAUCGGACGCAUGCGCGAGGACGAGAUGGUCAAACUGGGAAUGCUUCCGGACUACACAGCCAACGACAAAGUAUUCACUCAGCGGGACGAGCACUUGUACAGAAACCAGAAGAUUGCUCUGGAAAAUGAACAGGCUCUCGAGGAGGAUACACGUCGGCAGGAGCAGAUGUUGCUGAACGAGGAAGGCCCCUCUAUGGCGGAGAGCUUGAGGCAGACAAUCCUGCAAUGGAUUCUGGAGUUGCGGGACUUGACUGGGAAGUUCCCGGUUUUUCCCGAAGAGAGCCAAGGUGGGAGUAAUGCCUUGUUUAAGAACAAAGCUCUCGAAGAGGUGGAGACGGAUAUUUUAGACUGGCUCGAAGAGCAGGAAUCAGGGAAGAAGAAGAAAGGUGGUAAGAAAGAGGGCAAGAAGAAGAAAAAGAAGGAGAAGAAGAAGAAGAAAAAGAAGAAGAAAGGCGAGGGGGAAGAGUUCGAGUGGGUCAUGCCGGAGUCGGAAGGCUUGCCUGUUCUGCGGGAGGCGGAGAACACUUACUGUGACUACUGGUACUGGAAGGAUGAGACCAACAACCAGAGACAGGUGCACGAUCUGGAGAUUCUCAAGGAGGAUCUACGGCGCCCUGUUGGGGAGACCAUCAGAAAAGAGGUAGACGACCUAAUGCGAGUGGAGCUAGACCGUUUGAGAUACGCCAUAGACCACCAAAAGAAAGGCAAAGAACCGACCGGAAAGAAAGGAAAGGACAAGACAGGUGGCAAACGCAAGAAAGCCAACAAGGACCUCACAAAAGACCGGACAAUAGACGACUUGUACGAGGAACUGGUCACUGGGGAGAUCAUCAUACCGAGCCAACACAUCCGGAUAAACGACUUUCUGGGGGAACACUUCUACGUCGGUUGUACUAUGGAGAACGAAGGACUGGAGCCAUUGCCUUCCCUGGCCGUUGUGCGUCGCCUCAUUACGGAGCUAGCGCUGAUCCCCCUGGGCUCAGCGGCCGUGCAUGAAAGGGCUCCUCUCAACAGGUCCAUGCUGAUCGCCGGGCUGCGGGAGACAGGCAAGAAGAUGUUGGUUCACAGUAUCUGUUACGAGGUGGGCGCCAAUUUGUUCAACCUGACACCCUCAAAUCUGGCGGGAAAAUAUGAGGGGAAAAAAGGACAGCAGAUGCUCAUGCACAUGAUCAUGAAGGUUGGCAAAGCCAUGGAGCCCUCGGUGUUCUGGGUGGGCGAUUGUGAACAAUUGUUCCUCAGCAAAAAGGACAAGAAAGACCCCGCAAAACCGGCGCGAUGGGCCAGCAUCUUGCCGAAAACCAUCAAGAAAAUCAAGAACGGUGACCGCAUGAUGCUGGUGGGGACCACGAGCCGACCGUACCUGGCCAAGCCCAAACCCCUGACCAAAUGCUUCCAGCGGGUGGUGUUCGUGCCUCGACCAGACUACGCCAGUCGUCUGCUCCUGUGGAAAUACUUCAUCGCCAAACACUGCGGCAGUCAGAUGGUCUCCCACGACCUGGACAUUUCCUCCCUGACCAAGGUAACCAAUGGCUACACAGCGUUUGCCAUUCAAAGCGCAUGCGCGGAAGUGCUCACGGAAACCCGGAUGAAGCGACUGAACCGUCGCGGGAACUUGAGGGCGUCUGAGUUCAUUGAACGUAUCGCCACGUACGAACCCAUCUAUGUGGAGGAGGAGGCGGCAGUUCACGACUGGUACAUGAAGACGCCACUGGCUAAGAAAAGGCUCAAGAGACGACAGGAGGAAGAGGGAUACACAGGCGGAAAGGGGAAAAAGAAAAAGAAAGGGAAAGGAAAGAAGAAGAAGAAGUAGCACUGAUCAUUGUAGUGCUGUUCAAUUUGAAACAUUAAAGAUAACUCAGCUUAUUGCUAUUUUAAGUUCUUUAAAAAAGGAUGAAAGAAAACUAGAAAAAAAAGUGUUAUGAGCAGAGUGAAACUGAGACUGUCUCAAAAGUGUGUUUUAUUUUUGUUGAAACGGAAAAACAAUUGUUCUAACAUGAUGACAUAGACUGGCAGACUAAAUUAACCCAAAAAAUCGAAAAUCGACAAAAGACGAUACUGUUUCUCAAUAAACACAUUGUGUCACUUUUGGAUCUUGAAA